AUCCCUCUGUACCUGUAUGAUGUCAGUUCCAGCUAAAUGAAAGUAAUAAUAUAUGACCUGACAGUGUAACUUGUGGUUAUGUUGUACACAUUUUCUUAGAAAUGUUAAUUACUGAACUCCAUAUAUUAUGUCUCACACGUGAGACUCCCAAUAGACAGCCAAAAACAAAAGUGCCUCACGCUUGGCAAUGAUCACUAUUCGAAUCAUCUCACAGGUGAUAGGCCCAAUGUUAAAAAGUUAUAGGACCAACAGCAUUGGUGUCUAGGACAAAACAUUGCCGUUGGUUUAUGCUGACACCCACUGUGCAUAGAUGAAUUUAUUCCCACUUUUUUUUUUCAGAUCGUUAUGACCAUCUUCCACCACUAGAAUAUUUUUGGAAACUGUCUGUAAAAGCAAGAGAGGACCUUUUCUACAAGAAUGUUAAACGUGGAGAUCUGUUAUUUGUUCAAGUAACAGGCCAUGUAAAUGAAUUGGUUAGUUCAGUGAGGGUACAGGCAACCAUGGGCUUUGUCACAAGAGAUCUUCAUAAUACAUAUAUCAAGGCUCAUCUUCGGGUAGAAGAUACUGAGCCUGACCCAGCAGACUGUGAUACUCUUGGCCGAUAUUUGACUAGAACAAGACUGCUUGUUGAGGUGCUGGAGGUAGACCCUGCUGAUGAAUAUAUUCGUGUGGGAGCAAAAGGUGUUGCAAUACCAUCUCACUUUAAGGACAAAGUUGUGUUAGGAAAAGCUAAAGUUACUGAUCGUCCACCUGUUGUUGAUAUUAUGGAGGGAAGGACAAGACAGGCGUAUGAUGAGAGCUUGAAGAAACUGCAGAGCUUCACAAACCCAAGGAGUAUUAGGCAUUUAGCCGGAAAACUUGGAGUUGAUAUUUUUUCACAGUCAUCAUUAAUGUUUACUUUAAGAUGUAAGUUUCCUGAACAAGAGAUGUACAAACCUUUAAGAAGAGCACAGAUGGCACGAUGGGCUCAUAAGUCUGUUGCAGAAGGUGUGGCCUUUUUUAAAAAAGGUCAACAUGAGGAAGCAUUCCAGUGUCUUGGAAAAGCAUUGCAUAUUGAUGAAGAGAAUGUAGAAGCAUAUGUUGCCAAAGGAGCUUUGCUAGCAAAUUUGGGAAGAUUUGAGAAAGCUGUAGAGGACUUUCAGAAAGCUUUGAAAUACAAUCCUACACACAGUAAUGCUCGCAAAUAUAUUUGUGAAACAUUAGUUGAACUUGGUAAACAGCUUGAGGAAGACCAGAAGACUGAAGAAGCAGAGAAAAAAUACAAACAGUGUCUUGAGAUCAAUUCUACACACAAAGCAGCCAAAGAUGCUCUUAGUGCCCUUGAUAGGAAACUUGGACGUGUGCCGGAACCUGAAGAAGUUCAGACUGUUCUUCGUGAUCUUAUAGACAUGGAAAAGGAAUUCAAGAGGAAACGAAAUGACUCUGAAAGUAGCACCAAAAGCACUCGAGCAAGAUCUCUAUCACCUUUAUCCAAGAAAAUGGCCCAGCAAGAGGGUCAGUGGCAGCCCCCCCCAAACAUUAACACAACAUCAUCAUUUCUGGGUAAUACAUCUGCAUCCAGUGUGGGGGUUGGUGUAACUGGUCAAGAAUAUACCUACCCUAUGGCUAAUUGGCAGUCAUCAACAGUGGCACCAAAUGUUGGUAUGAUGGGAAGUGUUCCAGCCUGUUAUGCUCCUCCACCCUCAGCUUACCAGCAUUUUCCUGUGCAAGGUAGUUCAGGUGUUCCAUGUUCAAAUCGUGAAGAUGAGGAAUAUAAGGCUCGUGUAGAAAAGUUCCUGAAGGAUAUUGAGGGAUCCAGGCCUACUGAAAAGAAGGAGCGAAGUAAAAAGAGAUAUAGAAAAGAAAGCGAAUCCAGAAGCCGGCAGAAGCACAGUAGAGCACGCAAGAAGAAGAAGACCAAUAAAUCCAACAGUAGCUACAGUGGAAGCAGUAGUAGCAGCAGAAGCAGGAGUAGUAGUAGCACUACCAGUAGUAGUGACACAAAUAGCGACCAUAGCUACAGCAGUCACAGUAGCAAGAGUAACAGUAAAAGUAAAAGCAGCAGCAAGAAACACAAGCAUAAAAAGAGUCAGAAGAAGAAGAAGGAAAAAAAGUCAAGCAAAGUGGAAAAGCCAUCUAAAAGGGAACAUAAAAAAUCGGAGAGCUCAAGUGUAAAAACAGCAGAGGUCUCAAAAGUGGAAGAAGAGGCAAUUCCUGGACUUGACAGUUUGGAAGAGAAGCUGUCCGCUUACUUUAAAAAAGUAGAGGCCAGUCAAAGGGAAGGUUCUUCAAAAGACUCUGAAAUUCAGAAUGAAAAUGAAAUGAAGAAUUACAAACAAGGUAUCUGCAUGUCUUUAAAACCUCAACAGAUUUCUGUGUCAACAUCCUCUUUCAAGAAAGUACAUCCAGCUUUUAGAGAAAGUGAUGAGGAUCUUGAUGAGAAUGCUUCUCAUGUCAUUGAUAUGGCAAGAAAAUGUGGUAAACUUGAAAAGCUGCAGCUUUCCUUGAAAAUUCCAAAGUCUAAUUUAGAAAUGAGUGAAAUAAUGCCUGCUGAUGGUAAAGAAAGAUCAAGUUCUCCAAAGGGAAGAACAUCUUACUCAAAGGCAAGAUCACACAAGUCUUUUUCAAGGUCUAGAAGUAGAUCACAGUCCAGUUCAAGGAGCGUCAAGAAAUCACCAGACAGGCGCAGCAGGGGAAGGACUCAUACAAAAUCCAAAUCACCACCUUACCAUUACGAACAUGUUGAUAGCCAUAGAAAAUACAAAGUGAAAUCCACAAGGGAAAAUCAGUCAGUAGAUCGAGGGAAGUAUAAUAACCAGAAUUCUGGUUAUGGCCAUUUAAUGCCCCAUGACUUUGAAAAAAAGAUAGAGGCAGCUAAAUCUAGGUUAGGUGCUGAAAUUGACUAUGAAGUAGUUGAAAAUACAUUUAAUAAAUCAAGACUCAGAAGGUGGAAUACUGACUCUUCAGGUUCACCACCAUAUUCAAAGUUCUCGCGUACCAAGACUCCAAAUAGAUGGGAUUCAUCUCAUUCGAGGACAUCCGGUAAAUGGGAUAAUGCUAGACCAAAAACUCCAAGUAGAUGGGAUUCUUCGAGGCCAAAGACCCCAAAUAAGUGGGAUUCUUCGAGGCCAAAGACCCCAAAUAAGUGGGAUUCUUCGAGGCCAAAGACCCCAAAUAAGUGGGAUUCUUCAAGGCCAAAGACCCCAAAUAAGUGGGAUUCUUCGAGGCCAAAGACCCCAAGUAGAUGGGACUCCUCAAGGCCAAAGACUCCAAGUAGAUGGGAUUCUUCAAGGCCGAAGACCCCAAAUAGAUGGGAUUCCUCAAGGCCAAAGACCCCAAGUAGAUGGGAUUCUUCGAGGCCAAAGACACCAAGUAGAUGGGAUUCCUCAAGGCCAAAGACCCCAAGUAGAUGGGAUUCCUCAAGGCCAAAGACCCCAAGUAGAUGGGAUUCCUCAAGGCCAAAGACCCCAAGUAGAUGGGAUUCUUCGAGGCCAAAGACCCCAAGCAGGUGGGACUCCUCAAGGCCAAAGACCCCGAGUAGAUGGGAUUCUUCAAGGCCAAAAACCCCUAGUAGGUGGGACUCUUCAAGGCCAAAGACCCCAAGUAAGUGGGGUUCUUCAAGGCCAAAAACCCCGAGUAGGUGGGAAUCUCAGAAGACGAGAUGGUAUUCAUCUUGGUCAAGGUCACCAAGUAGGCAUGAGCUUGUCUCCCCAGAUAGAUGGGAAUCUUCAUUGCCCUUUAAAUCUAACAAAAGUCCCAGUUCAGUGCAAAGAUCUCCAGAUAGAAAAAACGAGAGCAAAAGUCCUGAUAGGUCUGCUAGGUUUGGCAAAUGGGAUGAGGAGAAUGGAAGAACUGAUGAUCCUAAAAUUGGAAAUACACUUAAAGAGAUGGAAAGUUUUGUAGAAUCAGCAAAGCAGAAAAAGUUGGAAGCUAUGAAAGAAAGAAAUAAAGAAUUCCUCAAACCAUCUGUUGACUAGGAUUUUGUAAGCACAGGGAGUAAUUGACAAGUAAUAAGGAUUUCAUUUAUAUUUUAGUCAUUUGUAACAGUCUCAUCAAUAAGGGUUUCAGAUAUAUUCAAAUAACUUGAUAAAUUAUUGAUUUGUUGAAUAUUUCCUGUAAAGCAGGUUGUCAGAUAGGUGUGGUGUACUUUAUUAUAUUGUUAAUAUUUAUUAUUAACAUGUAUUUUUCCUUUCUGUAAUAUGAAAGAUGGAGUAUAGGAAAAUACUAAUUUCUAUUAUUGUUAUUGAUAUGCAGAAUUUGUGUUUUAUUACAUAUCAUAAUGAUAUAAAGACAAAUAAAGCUACAAAAUAA